CAGGGCAGUGCCAGGCUCCCUGUGGAUUAUUAAAGGGCAGCUGGGAGGAAGAGCUUGCACUCAGCUUAGCACGGUACAUACUAGGAAGACCGGAUCUCAGGCACUUUAUCAAGGACAAAUGAAUGAUCAUCAUGCCUCCAGGAACUGUUCUCCUUACUGCUUUGUGUUUCCUUGGGACAACUGUCAUGGGCGCACAUGCCUAUGUCACGUUUUCACAGAACAAAACCAUGUUCAACCACCUCACCUUGGAUACCAAUACAGGGACUCUGUAUCUUGGAGCUACAAACUACCUUUAUCAGCUCACUGAGGACCUGAAGUUGGAGAAGGAGCCGGUACAGACUGGACCAGUUUGGGAUAGCAAGGACUGCUUGCCCCCUGUAACUACAGAGUGCGCCCAUGUACAAAACACCAACAACCACAAUAAGCUUCUGCUAGUCGUUCCAAGUCAAAACGAGCUGAUAGUCUGUGGCAGCGUUUUCCAGGGUAUCUGUGAGAAAAGACUUUUGGGAUCCAUUGAUGACGUCCUCUUCCGACCAGAAAGACCAGUGGACUCCCAGUAUGUUGCUGCAAAUGACCCGAAUGUCACCACAGUUGGUCUGGUUGGGCUUUCUAAGGAUAGUACACCCCUCUUGUUUGUGGGAAGGGGCUACACAAGUAAAGGGGUCGGUGGCAUUCCUCCAAUCACCACUCGGAACCUCAACGCGGGUGCUGAACCCCAUUCCGUCUUUUCCUAUGAGGAGACUGCUAAGCUAGCAGUAGUAGGGAGACUUUCAGAGUACAACCACCACUUUAUUAAGGUCUUCACCCACCGGUCCAAUGUUUACUUCCUCUUCUAUCGCCGUGACUUAAAAUCACCAUCUCGGGAGUAUAAGACCUAUAUCUCCCGUAUCUGUCCCGAUGACUCCCAUUAUUAUUCUUAUGUUGAGUUGCCCCUUAGCUGCCAGACAAGAGAUGGUUUGAAGGCCUACAACCUUCUCCAGGCCGCCUACAUCGCACAGCCUGGAGAACACCUUGCUAGAGGGGUUUUGAACACCAGAGGAGAUGUGCUGUUUGCUGUGUUCUCCAUGUGGCAUGCGGCAUCUGGGAAAGUAAGCGAGGAAUCAGGAUUGUGUUUGUACUCCAUGGAACAUAUCGACAGACUGAUCAAUCGGACGAGAGACAUCUGCUACACCAGGGAUGGCAAGGACGAGGAUAAGAGAGAAGUGGCCUACAUAGAGUAUGACGUGAAAUCUAACUGCGUUCACCUUCCGAAUGACACCCUUGAAGCCUACCCAUGUGGAUCAGACCAUACACCGAGCCCCAUGGCCAGUUGGGAACCCUUAAGAGAGACCCCUGUGUUCGAGAGUCCCUAUGCACGGCUCACCUCCAUCGCUAUCAAUGUGGAAGAGGAGCACACCAUUGCUUUUAUAGGUGACAGCAAGGGAUAUCUUAACAAGGUGUAUCUGGGAGCCAAUAAUGAUACACAGCAGUAUGCCGCUGUCCCAACUCAGUUAAAUUCGGCGGUUUCAGUGGACCUGCUCUUUGACCUGCCUCAAAAGAACCUGUACGUCAUGACCCAAUCCACGGUCACUAAAGUCCCCCUUUCUGAAUGUUCCCAACACACCGACUGCACUUCAUGCCUGGCUGCCAGGGAUCCGUACUGCGGAUGGUGCGUUCUUCAUGGAAAGUGUAGUCGGCGAUUUGAGUGUCUGCGCUCCGGAGAGAAGAACCAGUGGCUCUGGGCACACGAUAUGAACCAGCAGUGCCUGACGGUGCAAACUCUGAGCCCGGCAAACAUCAGCAAAGAGGAGAAGAGAAAUAUUUUCCUGACGAUUCCAGACUUGCCCACCCUGUACCAGGACGAGUCUUACUCCUGUUUCUUUGAGGAUUUUGAGAGCCGUGCGGUCAGGACACAGUCCGGGGUUAUGUGCCCAUCACCGGACCCCAGCAAGGCCCCUGUGAUCAAGCCAGGGACAGAUCAUGUGCGUGUGCAGCUACUGCUUCGGUUUGGAGACGUGGUCAUUUCCACCGCGGAGUUUACCUUUUACGACUGUAUGGCCGUGGCUCAGCUCUAUAAAUCAGCCCCGUGCCGUGGCUGUGUGAGCAGUGAGUGGGGCUGUAAUUGGUGUAUCCAUCAGCAUGUCUGCACUCAUAAAGACACGUGUGAAGAAGGUACCAUCAUUCGUAAUAAAGUGGAGAAAAAUCCAGCACCAGAUGUAUUUACUCCUCCUGUAACUGUGCCAGAACCAGAGCCAACACCUGAAGUCAUUCCAACCACCCCGACUCCAACAACAACAGUAAUAAUAAGUACACCUAGUCCAACCCCCGAGACUUCUACCACCACGACCACUGAAAGUACAACACUGCCUGUUGUAGUGACUACACCUACACCAAUCCCCACCACUGUGCCAACCACCAUUAUCAUCACAACCAUAGUGACAACUCCGGAGCCAACCACAGCAGAACCAACCACAGUGAUGCCUACAACCGAGGACUUGACUCCAGAAGUGACCACUCAGCCUCCAACAGAAGUGCCAACCAGUGUCCCCACAACAAUUCCAACCACUCUGCCUGAGGAUGUUUUUACAAGUCCAGUUGUUAUUGAUGAUGAGGUCCUUCCUACCACUCCCGACUCUGGUGAAGCUGAAGGGAUUUGGACAACUGAAAGUCCCACCACACCCAGCGACUUUACAGUUCCUCCACUGCUCCCAGUUCCCACCGUGUCUGAUGGCGAAAGAGAUAUUACAUUUGCUCCCACCACACUCCCUCCAACAUCAGAGGAUUUUACAUCUGCUGUUCCACCUCAUCCAGCCACAAAUGAAACCUUUCUUGUGCCAUCUGUACCAGAUUUUCCUGAAGACCUUGAAACGGAGGUUCCGUAUUCAGAAGAGCCGCCCACAGUAGUUAUGGUGGGCAGUACCAAAGAGAACUUGGAUCAUACAGAGGCAGAUGACUGGGUGGACUUGACCAACAUGGAUAAUGAUACAUCUUCCUUCUCGGCGUCCACUAUCCUCUCUGGGGAUGGAGACGUGGAAGGUGUCUCACCCCAGUUUCCGUCUAUAAUCGAACCAGAUCUGGAUUAUCAGGCUGAUUCUUUGGGAUUUGCCGAAUUUAUGAUAGACACAGAGAACAAUGGAGGACCUUAUGUGGGGCCCGAAGCUUGCCCCUGUGUGCACAGCAUUCACAGCCCAUCCUUACUGCCCGUCAAUGUGGAACGAAAGAUAACGUUAGUUGGGAAGAACUUUCAUCAUUAUCAGGACCCACAGUGGGAUUACGAGUGUGUUCUGAUCCUGGAGGGCAGGGGGGUGAUCACCGAUGCCUUUGUGGAAAUGGAUCCCGAGGACCAAUCCAAUUAUUAUAUCACUUGCCAGCUGCACCAGUAUAGUUACUCAGCUCUGCAGCCAGAGUUCAAUGCCCUGAUCUAUGUGCAGUUGGAACCGGAGAUGCGAGUAGACAGCUAUGAGGACCUCCACGUGAUUUUGUAUAACUGCUCCGUGGGGCACUCCGACUGUAGCCGAUGCCAGACCGCUGAUCCUAAAUAUAAUUGUGUGUGGUGCGGAGGGGAACAUCCCAGCUGUAUGUACCAGCAAUCCUGCACGGAGAAGGUGGAGGGCACCUGCCCUGCACCACUAAUUCGCAACAUUGAGCCAUUGUCUGGUCCAGUAGACGGUGGCACAAGGAUCACCAUCACCGGCUCCAACCUGGGCCAGAAACUCGAGGAUAUCGUGGACCGGGUAUCUGUCGCUAACAUCCCUUGCAGGGUGGAUUUUCUCAAAUAUGAGAUCUCCAGCAUUAUAGUGUGUAUAUCCGGUAAAAGCUGGACGGAGAGACCGGGACAUGUUCUUGUGGAGGUUCCUGAAAGACUACAAGGCAUUUCCAGUCAAGUGUUUACUUAUCAGAAUCCAGUGCUUGCAUCAUUUUUUCCAUCCCGCGGGCCAAAGUGUGGGGGAACCAGACUCACCAUUAUUGGAUCCAAACUUCUGACUGGAAGAGCCAGCGAUAUUCAAGUUUUGAUUGGUGACAUUCCCUGUAAAAUUUUCUCAGAGAUUCAGGAAAACCAGCUAGAAUGUUUGACUGGUACCAGUAACAUAACUUUGGAUCUCAGAGUGACCGUGUUGUAUGGAGAACAAGUAUUUAGCUUCUCAGAUCCAUUGUUUACUUAUACUCCGGACCCCAACAUCACCUCUGCCAGCCCUUCCAAGAGCUACUACAGUGGAGGACGUGUGAUCAUGGCAUACGGACAGAACUUGGAUGUGGUACAAGCUCCGAAGAUCCGGGUGACAGUGUCCCCUAUGGAAAGGCGGAAGAGGCGCAGUCCGGGGAGGAAGCGGCGUAUUGUUCCGGAGACGGAAUGCCUGGAGGGGUCUCUCUGCACUGUGCAGCAGUUUGAAGAGCUGUGUCUGAUCAAUUCCUCCUUUCUGUUGCUGUGCAAGACUCCGGCCAUUCCCCCUCUGCACUGGAACGCUCGGGUGGAUGUGGAGUUCAUCCUGGAUAAUCUCGUCUUCAACUUCACUGUUAUCAACUCGACUCCGUUUAGUUAUGUACAAGAUCCGGUGCUCAGACACCUGAAUGCAGAGGACCCGGCCAAGCCGUACCGGCACAAGCCCGGCAGCGUUAUCUCUGUGGAGGGCGAGGAUCUAGAUCUGGCUAUUACCAAAGAAGAGAUGGUUGCAAUGAUUGGGGAUGGGCUGUGUAUGGUGAAAACUCUGACGAGUAACCAUCUGUACUGUGAACCGCCAGAGAAGCAGCCGUCUCCCCGCUAUCCAUCCAAGAGGGAGGGAGUGGAUUCUCUACCUGAGUUUACAGUACAAAUUGGAGGGAUUCAUUUAGUCCUGGGUAAAGUGCAGUAUGAUACAGAAAGCCAACUUACAUUCCCCUUGGAGGCUCAGAUCAGCCUAGGAGUCGGAGCAUCCUUUGUAGCUCUGAUCGUACUCAUCAUCGUCUUGAUCUACAGGAGGAAGAGUAAGCAAGCACUGAGGGAUUAUAAGAAAGUUCAGAUUCAGCUUGAAAACCUGGAAACAAGUGUGAGAGAUCGCUGCAAGAAAGAAUUCACAGAUCUUAUGACAGAAAUGAUGGAUCUCACCAGCGACUUGGUUGGCACAGGCAUACCAUUCUUGGAUUACAAGUCUUACGCAGAGAGAAUUUUCUUCCCUGGUCAUCGGCAGUCUCCCCUCCAUAGGGAUCUUGAUGUUCCAGAGGGUCGGAGGCAGACGGUGGAGCAGGGGUUAAUCCAGCUAUCAAACCUUCUCAACAGCAAACUCUUCCUCACCAAAUUCAUCCACACUCUGGAAAGUCAGCGUACAUUCUCCGCUAGGGAUCGGGCCUAUGUGGCAUCUCUGCUCACCGUGUCGCUGCAUGGGAAGCUGGAAUACUUCACUGACAUUUUGAAGACCCUCCUCAAUGACCUGGUGGAACAGUAUGUGGCCAAGAACCCAAAGCUUAUGCUGAGAAGGACAGAAACCGUGGUGGAGAAGCUGUUGACUAACUGGAUGUCCAUUUGUCUAUAUUCUUUUGUGAGGGACUCAGCUGGGGAGCCACUGUAUAUGUUGUUCCGUGGCAUAAAACAUCAAGUAGAUAAAGGGCCAGUGGACUGUGUGACGGGAAAAGCCAAAUACACACUAAACGAUAACCGCCUUCUGAGGGACGAUGUGGAGUAUAAGACCCUGACACUGAAUGCAAUUAUACAACCUUCUACUGGCAACGCUUUGGUAGAAGAGGAACAAGGAGUGCCCGUGAAGUUACUGGACUGUGACACUAUUAUGCAAGUGAAGGAAAAGAUUCUGGACCAAGUAUUUAAAGGAACCCCAUACUGUCUCCGACCCAAUCCAGAAAGCCUUGACCUGGAAUGGAGAUCUGGGUUGGCCGGACAUCUCAUCCUCUCUGACGAAGAUCUUACGUCGGUAGUGCAGGGGUCAUGGAAGAGGAUAAACACAUUACAGCACUACAAGGUACCUGAUGCAGCAACUGUCGCUUUGGUGCCUCGGCUUAGCAAGCACAUCCAUCCGGAAAACCAUGAUUAUAUCCCGGGAGAAAACCUUCAUGUUACAGAGACCCCAAUGCUGGAGGACGCAGAUGAAGGUGGAAUUAAACUCUGGCACCUUGUGAAGCCCACAGACGAGCCAGAGCUGCCCAAGCACAGAAGAGGGAGUCUGCGGGACAGGGAGAGAGCCAAGGCCAUCCCUGAAAUCUACCUAACCCGCCUCCUGUCAAUGAAGGGCACUCUGCAGAAGUUUGUGGACGACCUCUUCCAGGUAAUACUCAGCACCAGCCGUCCUGUACCGCUCGCUGUUAAAUAUUUCUUUGAUCUGCUGGACGAUCAGGCUCUACACUACGGAAUCACAGAUCCCGAGACCAUCCACAUCUGGAAAACAAACAGUUUGCCUUUAAGGUUCUGGAUCAACAUAAUCAAAAACCCCCAAUUUGUGUGUGAUGUGCAAACCUCAGACAGUGUGGACGCUGUCUUGUCGGUGAUUGCCCAGACCUUCAUGGAUUCCUGUACCAUCGCAGAUCACAAGCUGGGGCGGGAUUCCCCUAUAAACAAGUUACUGUAUGCAAGAGACAUUCCCCGGUACAAGCAGAUGGUAGAGAGGUAUUACUCGGAUAUCCGGCAGACCAUUUCAGCCAGUGACCAGGAAAUGAAUUCGGCUUUAGCGGAACUUUCUAGGAAUUUCUCAGAAGAACUGAAUUCCUUGGUGGCCCUCCAUGAGCUCUACAAGUAUAUUAAUAAGUAUUAUGACCAGAUAAUCACUGCACUAGAGGACGACACAACAGCCCAAAAAAUGCAGCUCGGCUACAGAUUGCAGCAGAUUGCGGCAGCCGUAGAGAACAAAGUCACCGACUUGUGACCAACCCUUCGCACACCUUCUGCUACACAAAGCGCAUUCUCGCCCGGAACGAUUUUUAUAAAAUCGCAGAUGCUGUAUAGACCCUGCCUGUGAGACUGAGGCGAGCCCUGCGUGGCCCCCUGUAGCAUUCCCAAACUGACAGGUCAAUGAGGCCGGGAGCUCACACGGAUGGAGAUCAACGGUGAUGAAAAA